AUGAAGGCUUCUAUCAUCGGACUUCUCCUGCCUGCGGCAGCGAGCGCUCGUUUCAUCGAAGCAAACGAAGCCAACCGUAUCCUCCCUACUAUAGAUGCCCUUCUGGAAGAGGUGGAAGCUCCGGAACAAUAUCUCAUCGAGCUAUCUCCGGGGAAGACAGCAUGGGUAACCGAAGAUGAGAAGUGGCAGCUUCGUCGUGAAGGACUACGAUUCAUGGACAUCACGGACAAUAUAGACCUCGCCGAACUACGUGUUACACCCCAAGCAUCACCAGUGUUCCCCGAGAAGGUCCAGCUCCAAUCAGAAAUCCAUCCAUUACUUAAGGACCUAUCUAAGGACUUAAUCCAACAACACCUAGAGAAGUUCUCGAGCUUCCACACGCGAUACUAUAAAUCAGACUACGGUCGCCAAUCUUCCGAGUGGUUACUGAAGACGGUGCAAGAUACGAUCAAGGAGGCUGGUGCUGAUAAAUAUGGAGUCAAUGCCAAGCACUUCGAGCACUCCUGGGGCCAGAACUCGGUUAUCGCAACGAUUCCUGGCAAGUCGAACUCGACUAUCGUCAUCGGUGCCCACCAGGACUCGAUUAACUUAUGGCUUCCUUCCAUCCUCCCAGCUCCCGGCGCCGACGACGAUGGAAGUGGUACCGUCACGAUCCUCGAGGCUUUCCGCGUUCUUCUAUCUUCGAAAGACGUAAUUGAAGGAAAUGCCCCGAACACGAUCGAGUUCCACUGGUACAGCGCCGAGGAAGGCGGUCUCCUUGGAAGCCAGGCCGUCUUCUCGGACUACGCCAAGAAGAACCGCGACGUCAAAGCCAUGCUGCAGCAAGACAUGACUGGCUACGUCCAGGGAACGCUUGAUGCGGGAAAGCCCGAGAGCGUGGGUGUUAUUACCGACUUCGUCGACCCCGGGUUGACGGCUUUCAUCAAGAAGGUUAUCGAGGAGUACUGUGAGGUCCCCUGGGUUGAGACUAAGUGUGGAUACGCCUGCUCGGAUCACGCAUCAGCUUCCAAGGCUGGCUACCCCUCUGCAUUCGUUAUCGAGUCGACAUUCCCCGAGUCCAACCAGCACAUCCACAACACGGAUGACGUGAUUAAGUACCUGUCUUUCGACCACAUGCUCCAGCACGCGAGGAUGACUCUUGCGCUCGUGUACGAGUUGGGUUUUACCGAUUUCGAGAAAUUGAAGUCGGAGAAUGAGAUGGGAGAGUUGUAG